GUUUUUAAGAAAAAUUUCUUUUUAAAAAAAAAUUUUCAUAAACAAUUUUUUCCAAUUAAAUUUUUUAAAAUAAUUUUUACAAACUUUAAUAAAUUCAUUUUUUUUCAUUAACUUUCACUUUGGCAAUUCACUCUUCCAAAAUUAUGACUGAAAAAUUAAUAUUCUAUGGAUCAUUGGCAUAUAAUGUUGUUAUGAAUAAAUUUAAUAUUCGUAAAUGGUAUGAUCGUAUCGAUCAACAUGUAUUGUUGGGUGCAUUACCAUUGCGUGGACAAUUUCCAAAAAAGCUAGUACUACAGGAAAAUGUACGUGCAGUAAUAUCGAUGAAUCAAGAUUUUGAAUUAAAUUAUGUAUCAUUAUCAACAGAAGAAUGGCAUAAUUUAGGUGUUGAAUUUUUACAAUUACCAACAAAAGAUUUUGUUGAAGUACCAAGUUUAGAUAAUUUACAUAAAGGUGUACAUAUGAUGAUGCGUAUUGUUGAUCAAGCUAGUCGUCAAUCACAACCAAUUCCCAAUAAUAAUAAUAAUAAUGAUACAACAACAUUAUUACCUAAACCAAGUAUCUAUGUACAUUGUAAAGCUGGCCGUACAAGAAGUGCAACAUUAGUUGCCUGUUAUCUAAUAAUGGCAUAUAAUUUAUCACCUGAAAGUGCAAUAAAUUUUAUUCGUGAUAAACGGCCACAUAUUUAUCUUUCAUCGAAACAUGAAGAAAUGAUACGAUUAUUUCAACGUUCAUUGAAUCUCGUUCGAAGUCAACAAAACGAAACUCAGAAAAUGAACUAUUCAACAACAACAACAAUCGAAACAAAUGAAAAUCGAAAAAUUCAAGAACCAAUUCUUUUGAUUAUGACAAUCAUAAUAUUUAUCAUAUUUUUAAUCAUAUUAUUCAUUUGUAUAAAUCAUAUUGAUAAUAAAUAUGAAACAAAUUAUCGUCGUUUUAUUGAACAAUCAAAUCGUUUUUAUAAAAUGAAUGAAUCGAUUGUAUCGAAAAAUUGUAAUGAAUAUCCGCCAUUAUUACGAAAACAACAAAUGACACAGCUUCAAACUGAUAAUUAUUUUUUUCAAUAAUAAAAAAAUUUUGUUUAUUUAAUAAAUUUUAUAAUCAAAAAGUUUUUUCAAUUCCCCCCCAGGAUAAGCAAGCAAAAAGCCAUUUGAAUAAUUUUUUUGUUGUUGUUAAAAU